CGGAGAGGGGUGGCUGGGAGCCCUGGAGGAGAAACGGACUUUUUUGAGGAGAAACGCGGAUGCAGACCAUCGAAGAGACGUUGCCCUGCAGCUCCCGAUUUUCGCGCGCUUUUGGCGCGGGUGGUUGUGGGUAGCGCGCCCAGGAGGGAGAAAGGAGCCGGGGGGCUGUGACCGCGCCGCCCGCCGGGCCUGAGGGGAUGGACGAGGACGAUCCCCACGCCGAGGGGGCGGCAGUGGUUGCCGCGGCCGGGGAAGCGCUGCAGGCCCUGUGCCAGGAGCUGAACCUGGACGAGGGAAGCGCAGCCGAAGCCCUGGACGACUUCACUGCCAUCCGGGGCAACUACAGCCUAGAGGGAGAAGUUAUACACUGGUUGGCAUGUUCGUUGUAUGUUGCUUGCCGCAAAAGCAUCAUUCCCACAGUUGGAAAGGGUAUCAUGGAAGGAAAUUGCGUUUCACUUACCAGAAUACUACGUUCAGCUAAACUAAGUUUAAUACAGUUUUUUAGUAAAAUGAAGAAAUGGAUGGACAUGUCAAACCUGCCACAAGAGUUUCGUGAACGUAUAGAAAGGCUAGAAAGAAAUUUUGAGGUGUCUACUGUAAUUUUCAAAAAAUUUGAGCCAAUUUUUUUAGAUAUAUUUCAAAAUCCAUAUGAAGAGCCACCAAAGUUACCACGAAGCAGGAAGCAGAGGAGGAUUCCUUGCAGUGUUAAAGAGCUCUUUAAUUUCUGCUGGACACUGUUUGUUUAUACUAAGGGUAAUUUUCGUAUGAUUGGAGAUGAUUUAGUAAACUCUUAUCAUUUACUUCUGUGCUGCUUGGAUCUGAUUUUUGCCAAUGCCAUUAUGUGCCCAAAUAGACGAGAGUUGCUAAAUCCGUCAUUUAAAGGUUUACCAUCUAAUUUCCAAACUGCUGACUUUCGGGCUUCUGAAGAACCUCCCUGCAUCAUUCCUGUACUGUGUGAACUGCAUGACGGACUUCUGGUAGAAGCCAAAGGAAUAAAGGAGCAUUACUUUAAGCCAUAUAUUUCAAAACUCUUUGAUAGGAAGAUUUUAAAGGGUGAAUGCCUUCUGGACCUUUCCAGUUUUGCUGAUAAUAGCAAAGCAGUGAACAAGGAAUACGAAGAAUAUGUUUUAACUGUUGGUGACUUUGAUGAGAGGAUCUUUUUGGGAGCAGAUGCAGAAGAGGAAAUUGGAACCCCUCGGAAGUUCCCUGGUGACGGCCCAUUAGGGAAACUGACAGCACAGGCUAAUGUGGAGUGUAACCUUCAACAUCACUUUGAAAAAAAAACAUCAUUUGCGCCUUCUACCCCACUGACAGGACGGCGAUAUUUAAGAGAAAAAGAAGCAGUCAUUACUCCUGUUGCUUCAGCCACGCAAAGUGUGAGCCGAUUACAGAGUAUUGUAGCUGGAUUGAAAAAUGCACCAAGUGAACAACUUAUAAAUAUUUUUGAGUCUUGUAUGCGUAAUCCUAUGGAAAAUAUUAUGAAAAUAGUGAAAGGAAUAGGAGAGACUUUCUGCCAACACUAUACUCAAUCAACAGAUGAACAGCCAGGAUCUCACAUAGACUUUGCUGUAAACAGACUAAAGCUUGCAGAAAUUUUGUAUUAUAAAAUAUUAGAGACUGUAAUGGUACAGGAAACACGAAGACUUCAUGGAAUGGACAUGUCAGUUCUUUUAGAGCAGGAUAUAUUUCAUCACUCCUUGAUGGCCUGUUGUUUGGAAAUUGUGCUCUUUGCCUACAGCUCACCUCGUACUUUUCCCUGGAUUAUUGAGGUUCUUAAUCUGCGACCAUUUUAUUUUUAUAAGGUUAUUGAGGUGGUAAUCCGCUCAGAGGAGGGACUUUCCAGAGACAUGGUGAAACACCUGAACAGCAUCGAAGAACAGAUUUUGGAGAGUUUAGCGUGGAGUCAUGAUUCUGCGCUGUGGGAGGCUCUCCAGGCUUCUGCAAACAGAGUUCCUACCUGUGAAGAAGUUAUAUUCCCAAACAAUUUUGAAACAGGAAGUGGAGGAAAUGUACAGGGGCAUCUUCCCAUGAUGCCAAUGUCUCCUCUGAUGCAUCCAAGGGUCAAAGAAGUUCGGACUGACAGUGGGAGUCUUCGAAAGGAUACGCAACCAUUGUCUCCGAUUUCUGUCCAUGAACGCUACAGUUCUCCUACUGCUGGGAGUGCUAAGAGAAGACUUUUUGGGGAAGACCCCCCAAAGGAAAUGCUUAUGGACAGGAUCAUAACAGAAGGAAAAAAAUUGAAAAUUGCUCCUUCUUCAAGCAUCACUGCUGAAAAUGUAUCAAUUUCACCUGGGCAAAGUCUUCUAACAAUGGCCACAGCCAUAGUAACAGGGACAACAGGACAUAAAGUUACAAUCCCAUUGCAUGGUAUUGCAAAUGAUGCUGGAGAGAUCACACUGAUACCAAUUUCCAUGAAUACAACUCAGGAGUCCAAAGUUGAGAGUCCUGUAUCGCUUACAGCUCAGUCAUUAAUUGGUGCUUCUCCAAAACAGACCCAUUUGACCAAAGCACAAGAAGUACAUCCAAUUGGAAUAAGCAAGCCAAAGAGAACUGGGUCCUUAGCACUGUUUUAUAGAAAGGUCUAUCAUUUGGCAAGUGUACGCUUACGUGAUUUAUGUUUAAAACUGGAUGUUUCAAAUGAGUUAAGAAGGAAGAUAUGGACAUGUUUUGAAUUCACUUUAGUUCACUGCCCUGAUCUGAUGAAAGACAGACAUUUGGAUCAGCUCCUCCUUUGUGCCUUUUACAUCAUGGCAAAGGUAACAAAAGAAGAAAGAACUUUUCAAGAAAUAAUGAAAAGUUAUAGAAAUCAGCCCCAAGCUAAUAGUCACGUCUAUAGAAGUGUACUAUUGAAAAGUAUUCCAAGAGAAGUUGUGGCAUACAAUAAAAACCUGAAUGGUGAUUUUGAAAUGACAGAUUGUGACUUGGAAGAUGCUACAAAAACACCUGACUGCUCCAGUGGACCAGUGAAAGAGGAAAGAGGUGAUCUUAUCAAAUUUUACAAUACAAUAUAUGUAGGAAGAGUGAAGUCAUUUGCAUUGAAAUAUGACUUGUCAAAUCAGGACCACGUGAUGGAAGCUCCGCCACUCUCUCCUUUUCCACAUAUUAAGCAACAGCCAGGCUCCCCACGCCGCAUUUCCCAGCAGCACUCCAUUUAUGUGUCCCCACACAAGAAUGGGUCCGGCCUUACACCAAGGAGUGCUCUGCUGUAUAAGUUCAACGGCAGCCCUUCUAAGAGUUUGAAAGAUAUCAACAACAUGAUAAGGCAAGGUGAGCAGAGAACCAAGAAGCGAGCAAUAGCCAUCGAUGGUGAUGCAGAAUCACCUGCCAAACGCCUCUGUCAAGAAAAUGAUGAUGUUUUACUUAAACGACUACAGGAUGUUGUCAGUGAAAGAGCAAACCACUAGUGCCCUUCUCAUUUCUGUGGUAAAAGCACUUUCAGGUUGUUUUGCAGCAAGUUGGGGCUCUGUCUUUCAAAACAAUCAACCCUGAAGGUAGUAAACAUCACUGAGUUACAAGAAAAGUUACACCAAAGUUAAGUGGAUUUUUUUUUGUUUUUUUACUUUUAUCCAAAAUGUAGUUGACAGAUGUAUUUUGAGUUGGAUUGUAAAGGAAUGUUUUUAAGUGCACUUAAAAGGGAAUGGUUUCAAGUGCAGUUAAAAAGGAAUGGUUUUAAGUGCCUUUUAAGCAUAUUAAUAGAAUUGUUAAAAUAUUUGUUCUCUGAGUUUUUCAGACAAAGUAAGGGGAAGCCUUAUAAUUUUUUUAGCUCACUUUUUAAAAUAAUCAAGUGUCCUCUCCUUCUGGGCUUUGUCAUAAGAGGGUGAAUAUUCUAUUUUUAGUAGGUAUGCUUUGAGAUGUUUGUGUUCCCAAUUUAAUAUUGAGUAGGGGUUGGGUUCCCUGGCAUCUAGGCCAGAGGAUGAUGUACGAGCCUGUCUCUGACCCAGUGUGCUAACUUCACAUCCAGGUACCACUGUGGGUUGUCCAGAGGCUUCUCAUGCCCUUCCUCUCCUUGAGCAGAAGCAUGUUUUUACUUAAACCCAUGCACUAACCCACUCCUUGCUUUCCAACCUUAAGCCUUCUUAGCCUGGUGUCACAACCUAAUAAAGGAGCUACUUGCUCCUUUUUAAAACUAUCAUCACUUUAUUUUCCAAACCAUUAACUUAAUUAUAUAUGAUUAUAUCAUAUAACUCUCAAGAUAGGACACUGCUUCUCAGGCCAGUAGAGUAAGAUACAGAAAAGCGUUGUUAGAGACUAAGUUUCCUAUUAGUGAGGUAAUAGCCAUGAUAAUAUGUAAGAUACUGUUUUUGAGAUCAUUAUAAGAUUGAUCAUUCUCAAUGUCUAAUUGAUUCCUUAAGAAUAGUUGAAACCUUUCUCAAAACCAUAUUAAGACCACCUCAUGCCUUAUAAUUAUAUUACUCCGACCAUGACGUAGCUGCUUAUCACCUCCUGCUCUUUGCUUUCAGUAUCAUCAGUGCAUUAUGAGUUUCCCAAUAGGGUCUGAUCACUGGCCCCUUAAGGGUGUUUUCUAGGGCUCCAAAUGCCACUUCACAAAGAAUCAGCUGUUCAAUAUUCACUUUUCUAGUGUGUUUCCAGAAUCUGGAAGGACCUGAAUAAGCCAUUCUUAAUUAAUUUUGAGAAAUUUUAUCAAAUGUAUGUUUUUUAAACUGCAAACCUUAUUUUUUUAAUACUAAAUAUUUAACUAGUGAAAAGCGAAACUGGCUCAGUCAUGUUCGACUCUUUGCCAUCCAUGGACUGUAGCCUGCCAGGCUCCUCUGUCCAUGGAAUUCUGCAGGCAAGAAUACUGGAGUGGGUAGUGGUUCCCUUCUCCAGGGGAUCUUCCCAACCCAGGGAUCGAACCCAAGUCUCCUGCACUGCAGGCGGAUUCUUUACUGUCUGAGCCACCAGGGAAGCCCAUUUAACUAGUAACCCUGGCUAAUUUGAAUGAGUCUGAAAUUUGGCUAUUAACUAGUAUCAAUAAUUAUGAUUAUUAGGAAUUUUAUUUUUAAAUUUUAAGAAGAAAAGUGAGUCUGGUCACAUUUUACUUUUCUGAAAAUUACAUCAUUUUUUUGUGUAGUAUCUACACAUGUUACAAGCCAAAUAGCAUCAAGUCUGUCUUGAAUCCUUGUAUAUAUUUUUAUGUAGCUAUAAUUAUUGUGUCAUUAUUAAUGUGCAAAAUGUAAAUGAGCAUUUGUGCAUUGUCUUUAUAAGAAAAUCUGGAUGUGUUUUUAUCAGUUUUCUAGACUGUAUAUUCAUGUACAUAAAAUGGUUAAUAAAAUAUUGGCAUUUUUGUGAGAUUACUGGA